CACUUUUGAUUUUUACUCUACUUUUACAUGUGUUGGUAUCUCUAUGUGGUCUAGAUACUUUUACCACUUUGCGGAAUAGUGGCUUCAUUGAAUUAUAAUUUCUAGUAUACUAUUUAUUUACGACCUUUAUCAUAGGAUAUCUAUUUCAAAGUAACAUACUCUAGUAUAAGUAUUGAGAUCAUUAGUGAUGCGUACUUAGUUUUAGCCAUCUACAAUAGUCAGCUUAGAUGUCAAAAAACAAAGCUGAUGUCGGUGAAUAGUAGUGAGUGUGAAUUCGGAUUAUAAUCAUAAGAGUCGACCCAUAUGAUCAGAGCCUAAAUAAUGUAAUUGUUACAUAACAAUGAAACUUUUUGGGAAAAACCCAAAGUUUUCUCUAAAUUUUGAAAAAAAAUUGUGGUUUUAAAAAUUUUCUAUAGUGGCUUUCUUAAAAUGGGUCAAAUUUCCCCGAAAUUGGGAGAUUGGGAUGUAACAAUUACAUGUGUAGCAAUUACAUCACUUAGGCGCUUCAGUAAUCAGAAACAAUACGUAUGAAAUAAACAGUAUCACUUAGUAAAGGAAGAAGGAGUUAGAUACAAUGUCCAGACAACUUCAAGUCAGUUAACCACAAUAAGCUAUUUAUUUUAGUAGACACAACCUGAACGCUAAUUAACGAUUAGUCGCAUUAAGAUAGACGAUUAAACGAUUGAUCUCAUUAUCAUCAAUGAUAAAGCGCUUAAUAUAGACCCAAGUAGCCAUUUCGUUUAAAGUGCAUGAUAAUUAGCAUACAUUAAUGUGUCGUUGGUACUGGUAUAGUGAACGAUUGCAACACGAAUAAUCGAAUUAGUUCGACAAUCAGGUGGUACAUCUAAUAAACAGGUCUCUCAUAAUGUACAUCCGAGAAUAAGCCUAAAGAAACAUGAACAAACGAUAAGAAGUCAAGGGAAUUUCUACGCCUUGUGUUCUGGAGACAAGAUUUUUGCUUGCAAAUAAACAACACAAUAGAUUAAAACGUGACAUAAGGUAACUUAUUCCUCGUAAUCUUAGGCUGAAGGUUACUUCUAAUUGGUUGAUGGAUAAGUAUAGUUGAGCGAUUGUAGCUUGUUAUAGGUUCAUCAAGCUGAAGACCUGUACUCACCUAACUGAGAAUCUAAUUUAUGGAAAUUCCUAGGCAUUUAUUUGAGUUGCGCCUUCCCAUCGUUGUUAGACUUAAUCGCCCCGGUUGAAUAUAAUUAUCGGUUUUGAACGUGAUCGUAUACAGUCCAUCGUAGUUUUGCUCCGUCCUAUAACUUUCAGCCUGUCCGCCAGCUAAAAUUUAUCGACAACACAACCUGGUUUUCUAUAUCGUAACGCAUUUGAAAUCUUGUUUGUAUCUUUCACGAUCUCCAAAAUACUCUGAGUUUACUCUUAUACUGCACUAAUUGUUGCCGAUUGUCCUAUUAUUUCUAAGUUUAAACAUUUUGCUAAGUCUUUGGUAUAAUUUUUCUCUUAUUCUCACUCCACUUGAUCUUUCACAACCUUGGGACAUCAUACCUUCAGGUUAAAUGGAAACAUUAUUUUUAUCACUAGGAGCUAUUUGAUUUAUGUUCGCUGUUAAUUUACCACGUUUAAAACAUCACUUUCCUCAGCUUAGCUUAUUAAAUUGUUCCGAGUUCACGCUUUUCUGCUACUCUAAUAACUGUGAAUGUACAGUACGUACUUCCAAAUCACAUCAUUUUUCCACCUUUUUGUACAUACGCUUUUGUUCACUCGAUACAACUUAUCUACCGACUAGACCCAAACUUACCAACGGUUAAAUAUCACACCAUCUCUAUCCACCUAGAUCCAAUCGUUCUUAUUUGAUUUAUUGGGUGCUUACGUUAUACAUAAUGGUGAAGUUCGAUGUUCUUCAUACUUUCGGUGGAUCGAUGCGUCUGGGGAAACUUUCAGAGAGCACAAACCAUCUUCAGAUAAACUUACAAACUCCUGGAUGUCUAUUGUACACAAGAUAUGGUAGUGUUCCUUUCCUUCCUCCAGACGUUUAUGAAAAAAUAGAGCUAUUACCAGAGUUUUCUUUCGCUUCCAUGGGUUACGUAGCGGAACGCAGAUUUUCUCUAACGAAGUUCGGUGGUGGUAUUGUCAAAUUUGCGGGUUUAGGGGUAUGACGUUACAUUGUUAACGUGGCUAUUUAGAAACGUGGUGCGUUCCUAUUCCAGUCAGAUCCAACCCACUUGGCGACUGUAGCGGCUGUUAGUAAAUCGUCGGUCCCAGUUUGGACAACUGGUGGGCGGUUGCAAUUGUCGAUUGCGGAAUAUUUAACGUGCAGUAGGAUUGCGUCACCGACAGCAUUCCAAGCGCCGACUGACAACGAAACUUUCCUGUUAGAUGUGAAUCCAACAUUAAAGCGAAUUACGAAUUCCGUCGUCCGCACUUCAGGGUACUUGAAGAAAUUAACUUCAGAAUGUACAUCUCAUGAGGAGUUCGCAAAAAGGUCGGUACUUGUAUCCAUCGCCGGUGGUUAUAAUCUACAGCUUCGUCUUCAGUCAGUCGCUGAAACAGAUUUCUCACUUUGUUCAGGUAUAUACCCAUGGUCUAACCUAGGUUUUCUAUGUUUAUUUUUAACUAGAUCAUGCUUUUUGUUCAAUAUACGUUCAGUAAAUAGAGACGGAAAUCGGUACUUACAAAAGUUUCAAGAUUUGUAUAGCUUUCCGGACUUCCUUCAAUACAUUUAUAACAGUUGUACUUUCUAACUCCAUAAUAAUAUCAGGUUUCAAAUACUAUAUAUCCCAACUUUUCACUACCGAGUAUUAUCACAGUUUCGAAUUCUUUAUUUACUUCAGUAAAGCAGUAAGGUCGUAUCAUCACAUAAAUACUGUCCAUAUCCUGAUACGAAAACAUAGAAUUCUAACUUCCUUGUUCUUAACUGAUAACGAUGUUUGCAAUUCAGUGAAUUGAAACUGAUAUUACAUGAAGUGAUUGAUAUCAUUGGAAGCAGUGGCACCCAGAUAAAAUGAAGUUUCUCAUGUCUCACUUGUUUUCUGGAGUUUGAGCAAUAAAUAGUUGUAUCCCUACUACAUCCCAUAUAGAAAAUAUUAAGAAACGUUAGCAGUCAAUCAUAAAAAUGGGUAAAGAUGGGUCAGCAAUGUCAAACAGAUGUAAUAUAUGAAUAAAAAAGAUGAAAUACGCUAGCGUUUUGGAAUUUGUGGUUAUGUAUCACUGGCUAAAAUUUAUUUAUCUCGGAAAAUUUUUAUACUUUUCCUAAGUGAUAUGUAUCAAUAUAUGUGUGAGUUCCGCCAAUUUCCAUCAUAUUCAGGUGUAGUAAUCGAUGGUGUACUUCGAGAUUUGCCUGUAUCUUCAGUUGAAGUCAAAAACUAUAGCGAUGAAAACAAAGGUUUACACGAAUUCCUAACCACUACUUUGCCCAAAGUAUUUGCUCAUAUUCCACCUCAUCUCCCACGUUUUAUUACUCAAAUAUGGCAACCAUAUGAUAUUGCCCUGGCAGCUCGUUCAGGAUGUGACAUAUUUGAUGGUAGUUUGCCAUACCGACUCAGUCGCAGUGGGAUGGGUUGGAUUUACGAAGACUGGAAUGAAAAUAACCUCUCUAGCAUGGUUUCGGAUCCAAAAUUCUUAGAGUUUCCCUUUGAAGAGUCCUAUAAUUUGGAUGCAAAGGAGUGGCACUUACCGAUUCAACCUGGAUGUAAUUGUUUCACAUGUUUACACCACACACGGAUAUACAUAUCUCAUUUGCAUAUUGCUCAAGAAAUGUUGGCUCCUAUGUUACUAAUGAUCCAUAAUUCCCACCAAUAUUAUCGUUUUUUCUCUGAUCUCCGUCGAUCUAUAUCACUGAACAAAAUUGACUCAUUUAUUACUCAUGCCUUGAAUUGGCGUUUUCCUAUUCACAUUCUAACUGUUGAUAAAACAAAUGAGUUCAAAGGUGCAGUAAAUACAGAUUAUGAUGAUGUAUAAAUCUAUGUUAUUUUUACUAUUACAUACUCUCCUCACUUCAAUAACAUACCCUUAAGUUUCGUUUCAAAUUAUACAGAGCAGUAUUGAUUGAAUAUGGUGUAUUUGUUCUAUACACCUGCAUGUAGGAACUAAAUUUAGUUUAUUAGUACUAUGUUUUGUUCUAUGGCCGAGCAUUCUAGGACACUUCACCUCAUCCGACCUGUUUUCAGAUCGAAACAAAGCUUUUAAUAAAACGUGAAUAUACCUCAAGGAAAAAAGUUAUGUAUAAGAUAAAACUGGUCCUAAUUUAUAGACUGGUUUGAAUUAUUUUUUCUGGUUAGCGUUUUUUUGGUGAGUUUUCUACGGGAUGGAGUCGCUAACCCCAUGCCCAAGCCCCUCCUUUACCCUGACUUGGGACCGAGAGUAACUCUAGAAGAGCUACAGGCGGACAGUGCUAGUGGGCGGCCUAUGCUCCUCCACGAGGAGUAACAGGCGUAAGUAAUGCCCCCAAAUGCCCUGGUGUGGCCAAGAGUGGGGAGAGUCCGCUCUCCCUCUUAAAAUGCUCUUACAUGGCCACGUGUGUAUAUAGCUUCUGCCAGGGAAAUCCUACUCACUGCUUUCUCGUAGCGGGGGUUUUAUUUACAAAACUGAGAGGACGAAAAGCGAAUAUCCGAUGCUGUAACCGGGUUGGUGGAUAUGUAGGAUCCAUCUAGUGGAGUUGCAAAGUCUUUAUUGCAAGCCAAUUGUGUACAUGGGCUCCGGUAUCCUGAAGGAACAAAUGGCAUAUGAACCAAUCGUUGGUUCCCGGCUACCAUGGGACUGCAUCUCCUUACGAUGCUCCACUACCUUGUGGAUCAGACUUUCAGGUCGAAGGCUCCGGAUUUGGCCCCCUAAGAAAACCACCUGCCUCGGUUUGGGCACCUGGGCAGUAUCACAGCCCUCACACAUAUCAAAUGAGAUGUGUGGCGCAUAUGUAUUUAAUGCUUCCUUGUACCGAUAUCUAUGUGUUAAAAUAAAUACGAUGCUCCACUGCUAUGUGGAUCAGACCUUUAGGUCGAAGACUCCGGUUGUGGCCCCCUAAGAAAACCGCCUGCUUCGGUAUUGGCACCCGGGUAGUAUCAUAACCUUCACAGAAAUCAAAUGAGAUUUGUGUGGCCCAUGUGUAUUUGGUGUCUCAUUGUAUCGAUAUUAUAAUAAUCAUUAGUUGUCAGCGAGUACAAGACUCAACACAUUAAAUAGUACAAUCAAUUUAUAUUGAAAACAAGGUAACAAAUUUCAUACGGAAUAGUACGAUACGUGUGAAAAUACAAUUGAAAGUUGAUGAACCAAGUUUAUUUUAAAAAAAAAAAGUUUGUAAGUUAUAUUGUAACUAAUUCAAGCAGCUUAUAAAUCAUAAUUAUGACACAGGGAUGAAUGAAAUGGUGAAUGGCAUUUUAUGUUAAUAAAGUUAAAAUCAUUCGAAACCAUUAAAAAUAAAAGUUAACAAGACAAAACUAAUAAAAUGUUAACAUUAAAUUACAGUAAAAGUUGUUUCUCAUUACUAAUAAUUUCAAG